AUGGCUUCCGAUGCCAACAAUCAGGGCCCCCGCCACGCAGUCGGAGCUGCUUACAUGGCUGCCCAAGGAGCUCAUGACGUUGCCGGACCUCGUGGCAUUCACUACCCAGCUUCCCAUCAUGACACCCUUGGCGGUCUUGUCAGUUCUUUCGGCGCUCUCGGCCUGGCUAAUAAUAACGUUCCUCAGGGCGCUGCGCCUGUUGCCAUUCCUCCCAGCGGCUACAUGCCCACUGACGCUUCGGUUGUCUACUCUGGCUAUGGAGCUCACAUUCAGGCUCCUUACAACAUGGGAAUGGCCCAAGUCUCCGACUCUAUCUACGGCCCUGGUGUCUCUGCCAGUCACUACAUGCAUCAGAGUGGCGUUCCUGGCGGCUAUGGCACCUACAUGGUCCCUUACACUCCUGGUCGAGCAGCCUCCUAUGGUGACCGGAUCGAGCGCGGACUUCGUGACCUGCCUGGACUGGACAACCGCAGAGGAUCCUACUCCACCACUGCGACCGAGUCUACCCCGGGUACUCCUUUCUUUGGAGGCAUGGGAGACCGACACUCUGCUCCCCGGGUCAUUUCUGCCGACCGCUCGAGCUACACCACUCCGUCCCCCCAGCAGCUUGCCGUGUCUGGAACCCUUGGUCCUGUCAACUCCAAGGGAAAGCGAGUUGCAGAGGCUGAGCUCCGUGCUCUUGUCGACCAGGAGCCCGUUAUCCUCCCUGCUGUGCCCGCUGUCUUCACUACCCCAGAGCAGCGCAAGACCUUGGACCAGUGUUUGGAAAACCGCAUCGAGGGCAACAAGAAUGUUUACAUCCGUGGCCUGCACCCAACCACCGAUGAUGAGCUUCUGCUGAAGUAUGCCUCCCGUUUCGGUGAGGUUGAGCAGAGCAAGGCAAUCAUUGACACUACUACCGGAGCCUGCAAGGGUUUCGGCUUUGCCAAGUUCAAGAAUGUCCGUGACUCCGAAAAGUGCAUCCAGGCCUUCUAUCUUCUUGGCUACGAAGUUGGCUUUGCAAGGGAGAGCUUUAACGCUCGCCUCAAGGCUGAGGGAGACGAUGAAUCAACCAACCUGUACAUCUCGAACUUGCCAAAGUCUGUCACAGAGGCGCAACUUGUCGCAAUCUUCGAUCCCUACCAGAUCAUUUCUAGCAAGAUUCUUCGCGACAGUAUGGGCAACAGCCGCGGCGUUGGAUUUGCCCGUUUUGAGAGUCGCGAAGUUUGUGAGGAGGUCAUCAAGCGCUACCAUGGCCAGGCCAUUGGCGAUGAGUGCUUCCUGAUGCAGGUUCGCUACGCUGAUACGCCUUCUCAGAAGGAGCUGAAGCGCGUCACCGCCGAGCGUCGCCAGUACCGCACCAACGAGUACAACAUCGGCGCAUACGGAACCAUGGCUGUCGGCAUCAACCCUUCUAUUUACAACACGCAGCCCAGCUGGGGUCGCACUCCCCGCUUUGCCAGUGCUCCUGGAGCUCCCCAUCGUCCUGUUCUCACUGCCAAGAGCGGAAACACGAACAUGGCGAAGGGUCGAAUUCAUCAACAGAGCGCAGUCGCGUCUUCUUCGGAUGAUGGAUCUGCCGAUGAGGGUGUGACGAUUGUUGACUCGCCUACCAACCACAAGUCGCAGUCAUCUCCCAUCAUCAAGAAGGAAGCUGUCUAG